AUGGAGAAUUCCGCCCCAGCAGCCAAACGCCAAGAUGCAAACGAUGCAUCCGAAAAGGACGCGCUGAUGCAACGACGCCAGUCCGCCUCCUCAAACGCCCAGCUUCACGACAACGGCGUGAAGUUGACCAUCCCAGAGCAAGUAAACAAGACCGCAACUCACUGCUACCAGUGGCUAUGUUCUCUCUGGGAGAGAUUCCGCGUGUGGGGAAUGCAUUGGCUCCGAUGGCUCCUCACAGAGUUAGACUUCAGUCCCUUGGCCGAGCACCCGCAAAAGGGAGGAGUUGCGGAGAACUCGAAAACAGGUAGCCAGCCUCAAGGACAGCAGGUUGAUGGGCGAGGGGACGAAAAUGCUCAUCGCGAGGAUCGCUCUUCUACCUUAGGUGAAGACAUGCGUAGAAAGCUCGAGUGGCUGGAGAGUGAACUCAAGAACACCAGGAACGACAAUUCCCGACUUCGCCAGGAAACUGAGGACGCCCGCAAGGAGAGUGUACAACACCACGGCCAGAUACAGGGUCUUCAUAAGCGCCUUGAGGACCUGCUUGCAGACAAGGCCUUGCUUUACAGCAAAUUGAAGACUGCGGAUGAGCGCAACGCCACCCUCCGAUCCGACAUCCUCUCCAGAGAGGUAGAGCUUUCUCUGUCACAGUCCUCCCAGCAAGCUCUACAGCUCUCAUUCGACACCAAGCUCAGUGAAUCAGAAGCUCUUGGAGAAGCACCUGCAAUAGACCUCUUCCACGCAAAGCAAGAAAUCGCUCGGUUGGAGGCACAGAUUGCACGUGAGCUCAGGGCCAGCGAGACUACUCCAGCCUCGAGGAACGACGACGAGGAGUUGUACAGUGACCCUUCAUUGGUACGCAGCUUGUACCUCAACGCAUUGAAGCGAAUCAGUGAGCUAGAAGACCGCAAUCUCACUCUCAAGGGCCUUGUCGGCACGAAGAAGACAAACGGUGUCAAGACAGAGUGGAACGGAGAGAAUGUCCGUCCACCAACACGCAGGUCUGUGGCACGGCCAGACCACGUUAUUAUCUGCAUCGAUAUUAGUCACGGCAUGCACAGCGUGCUCCCUUCCGUGAAGGCGACCUACAAGAAAAUCCUCGAACACGCCUUCGCCAGAAACAGCCAGACCAAGGUGUCCGUCAUCGCGCAUGGCUGCCGCGGGUUUCCCAGCUCGUCCGUCAAGGCCUGGGACCACCCGACCAACGCAUCUACAGACUGGCUGAACGACUUACCGAACGGAGGGACGACGGACUACUUCAACUGCUUGACCGCGGUGAGCAACCUCAUCUCGGGCGACACCUCGGCCAACAAGAAAAUAUUCAUCAUUGGACACAGCAUGUACUGGUAUUCCACCAAGGAUCUGUCACCGGUGUGUCAGCACAUCAAGGCGGAGAACGUGCCUGCUCAUGCUAUCAUGGUUGGAGGUGUUCCCGCGACUCGUUCAGCUGGUGGGGACCCUACCAUCAACUGGAUUACUAAGGCUAUCGGUGGUGAGACCCUCACCGAGGCCUCGUAUUUGGCUGCGCUUCCGGGUAUCUUUGGGCUUGAUGAACCAUACGGCGGCGUCGACUGA